CUUCAGAACCAUGAACCCGAGCGCCGGGGCCACGAACCACUGCCGCAGACACUCCUCCACCGAAAAGGAUCUGGGAGAUGGAGUUUUCGAGAGAAACUGGAAAGGGAUCGGCAUCUCUCUGCUGGUGAUUCUGGUGGUGCUGUCUCUGAUUAGCCUCUCCAUCUUCUUCCUUUCUAAAGAUGAUGGAAGUAAAGCUCUGAAAUCUCAUCUGACCUUGGACGACCUUUUCCUUAAAGACUUUCAGGUUCAAGCCCCCGAGGUGCAGUGGAUCAGUGCGGUGGAGAUCAUCUAUAAGAGCAGAGAUGGGAACAUAAUGAAAGCAAAUAUCAAGACCAAUCAGACGGAGCUUCUGAUGAAAAACACUACGUUUGUAACAUUUAAAGCUUCCAAGGUUGCCGUCUCACCAGAUCUCAACUAUGUUCUUCUAACAUAUGAUAUAAAAAAGGUGUAUCGAUACUCCUUUUUGGCAUCUUACCUGAUCUACAAUUUGCAUACAAGAGAAGUGCACGAGUUGAACCCGCCUGAGGUGUCAGAUUCGGUGCUGCAGUUUGCCUCAUGGGGAGUUUGGGGGCAACAGCUGAUUUAUGUCUUUGAAAAUAACAUCUAUUACAAGCCGGAUGUUAAAAGCAGUUCUCUCAGAUUGACAUCAUCAGGACAAGAGGGAUUAGUGUACAAUGGGAUUCCUGACUGGCUCUACGAGGAGGAGGUGCUGCACUCGCCAGUAGCUCAUUGGUGGUCUUCAUUUGGAUCCAGCCUUGCAUUCCUCUCCAUCAACGAUACUCUCGUACCAAACAUGCUGCUGCCAAAUUUUACUGGGGCUCUCUACCCACGGGGAAUAUACUACCCCUACCCAAAGGUUGGACAGAUAAACCCUACAGUGAAGCUGAAUGUGGUUACCCUGAAUGGCUCAUCUCCCACCAUUGAGCUGCUGCCUCCCAGUAGCUUGGAAAAAAGUGAGUACUACAUAAGCAUGGUGCGAUGGGUGACCGAGGAACAUGUAACUGUGCGCUGGCUUAACAGAGCUCAGAACACUUCCAUCCUCACAGUGUGUGACAUACACACCGGAAAGUGUGAACGGAAGCAUGUGAUGACAUCAGACAAGUGGAUUGACUGCCAGAAUGAGGAGCCUGUUUACUCGAAAGAUGGAGCCACAUUCUUUAUUACUUUACCCAUAAAGCAUGGCAGCCAGGGAUCUUUCCGCCACCUCACCAUGAUGUCAGCGCAGCAAGGUGAUGGAGAGGUCAGGGUGCGACAUCUGACAUCUGGCAACUGGGAGGUCACUAAGAUUCUAGCCUAUGAUGAGAACCUGAAUGUCGUGUAUUAUAUCAGCACAGAGGAUGGAGUAUCACAAAGACACCUGUACAGGGUGAAGACAGUGGAUCUGUUUCAUCGCGAGUGUUUGACAUGUUCCUUGUUCAAAUCUCACUGCUCAUAUUAUGAUGCUAUGCUGAGUCCGGAUUUACAAACAGUACUGCUGCACUGCGCAGGGCCUGGUAUUCCCAAAACUACUGUGCACAAUCUUGCCAAUAUAAGCAGUUACAUGACUGUAGAUUCUGGUCUGGAGUUCAAAGAAUUGCUCAGACAGAAAAAUAUCCCCCGCAGAGAAAUCAGAAUCAUAUCCUCCAAUAACCAUGCACUGCAACUGGAGCUUAGCUUCCCUGUGGAUUUUGAUGAGAAUAAUCAGCAUCCUCUGCUUUUUAUACUUGACAGUGCCCCUGGUGGUCAGCAGGUGAGUGAAGAAUUCCAUCUGGACUGGGACUCUGUACUGGUGAGCACAGACAAUGUGAUUGUGGCUCGUCUGGAUGGCAGAGGCAGCCGCUUUCAGGGACAAAAGAUUCUACAGGAGGUGCACAAGCGUCUAGGUGUGGUGGAGCUCCAGGAUCAACUCGCUGCUCUAGAGUAUCUGGUGAAGCAUUCAUACAUUGAUGGGAACAGAGUUGGUGUUUUUGGCAAGGCGUACGGUGGCUUCCUAAGCUCCCUUCUCCUCUUGUCUCACAACUCACCAUUUCACUGUGGUGUUGCCAUGGCACCCGUCUCUGACUGGAGACUCUAUGCCUCAGCAUUUACAGAACGAUAUUUUGGGUUCCCAGCCAAGGAGGAACACAAGUAUCAGAUCUCUAGCCUGUUGUCUAACAUCAGCACAUCUGAGAAGCAGACGUUUCUAAUCCUUCAUGGGACAGCUGAUGCUUCUGUUCACUUCCAACACACAGCAGAGCUGGUGAAGCUGUUAACUAUGCAUAAUGUGAACUAUACAUUGCAGAUUUUUCCUGACGAGGGCCAUGACAUCAGCAGCACACACUACAUGCUGAGUUCUGUCAUCAGAUUCUUCAGAGGGUGCUUCCAUGAAAACGUUGAUGUCACCAUGGAAACCGGGGAGGAUGACUAGCAUCUGUGGCUUAAGUGAUCUCAGCUGGACUCAGAUGGGAUUUAAGGACAAGAUGGCUGCCAUAACAAGUAUCCUUGACAUGGGUGACUUUAUUCUAAUCCCUCUGGCCUCACUCCUACCUGCCAGAGGCACAGAAGGCUUUCUUAUCUGGUGUAGCAGUGGCGCAGCCAGACUGAGUCACACAGUCUAUGAUUUUGCAAGAUCAGUUGUGCUGUGUCAGUAGAGACUGCACUAGUAUGAAUGACUAAGUUUACAAUACUUAAAGAUACUAUGAAGCUUACAAAUCAACCAAAUGAAUUUCUACUUUCUGUUUACUUCAUGAAAGUCAAACAUACAUAUAAUACAUACAUAUAAUAACACUUGAACACCCAUUCAGGCUAAAAAAAAAAAUAAAUAAUGGGCAUUUUUCCAAUGUUAAGCAUUAUUUGUA